GAACAUCCAUCCAGCCAGCAACAAACCGCCAAAAUGGGUCGCGUCCGUACCAAGACAGUCAAGCGUUCCGCUAAGGUCGUCAUCGAGCGUUACUACCCCAAGUUGACGCUCGACUUCGAGACCAACAAGCGUAUCUGCGAUGAGAUCGCUAUCAUUGCCUCCAAGCGUCUCCGCAACAAGAUCGCUGGUUACACCACCCACCUUAUGAAGCGUAUCCAGCGUGGCCCUGUCCGCGGUAUCUCCUUCAAGCUCCAGGAGGAGGAGCGUGAGCGCAAGGAUCAGUACGUUCCUGAGGUCUCCGCUCUGGAUGUUUCCCAGACCGAGUCCGGCCAGCUCGACGUCGACUCUGAGACCAAGGACCUGCUUAAGAGCAUGGGCUUCGACAACCUCAAGGUCAACGUCAUCCCCGUCUCCCAGCAGCAGGCUCAGGAGCGCCCCCGUCGCUACCGGUAGAUCAUUGCGCCGUUGAACGGAAAAUGAAAAAGUUCUGAUUGUCUUCGGUCGAUCCAUGGCGUUUCCCCCCAUGCUUGUUCUGGUUGGCUCACCCAGCUAUCGAUUUAGCUUAGAGACAGUCCCGGAUGAGAAAUGAACACGAAUUUUGUCAAACAAGGUGUCGCUGAUUCCCCUGAUGGGGAUGAUGCUUGAUUGCCAAUCUUAUUCCCUCGUCUGGUCUUACGGCCGGAUGUCUCGUAGGAGAUUCUACGGGGGACGGCUGUCUGUUGGACAUGCCGGACUACGGAGAGUCGAUAUCGUAGA